CCCAGCAACCACAUGGUGGCUCACAACCAUCUGUAAUGGGGAUCCGAUGCCCUCUUCUGGUGUGUCUGAAGACAGCUACUCUGUACUUAUACAUAAUAAAUAAAUAAAUCUUUAAAAAAAAAAAGAAAGUUAUUGACUAAUAAAUACUGCUGCACACAGAUUGUGCACAUAGAUUGUUCCUCUGAAUAUACUUCUAUUCAGAAAGGCUGCUCUUUUGGAGGUUAUUAAACCAGGAGUCACUGCUUUCUAAGGGUAGUAAUGAUUACUGAACUGGCUGCUUCACAGACACAGCCUCUAUCGAAUGAGAGAAUUCAAGUCUACUCGUGUUAAACGAGCAAAUUCCGGGUAGGUUUAAACCAAAGACUUCUGCAACAUCACAGAAUUGAAAGAUUAAAAAAAGCGGGUUUGCUUUGUUAAUCAGUGUACAGUCCUCCCUCCACACUGACUCAAAGAGAAUGGCUGAGCUUAUGGCAGAGAAGCCUUGUCAUUCUUGUGCCAGAGGUGUUUCUCAAAAAGAAUGUGCUACAGAGGGUUGGGGAUUUAGCUCAGUGGUAGAGCACUUGCCUAGCAAGCGCAAGGCCCUGGGUUCGGUCCCCAGCUCUGGAAAAAAAAAAAAAAGAAUGUGCUACAGAAACAGCUCGUGGCUUUAGCGGCAUUGAGGACUAUUGGUACAGGAAGUACCUGCUCUUAGGUCAAGUACUAUUUCCUUUCUGUUAGUAAGUAAGAAGGCUGGGCUAUAGUUGACUGCUGCCUGCCUAGCGUGCAGGAAGCUCUGUUCAGAACCCCAAUACUACAUAAGCUGAGCACGGUGAUGCCUGCCUGCCUGUAUCUCAGCAUUUGGGAAGUGGAGGCAGGAGCUCAAGGUCAUCCUUGACUACACUGGGACUAAAAGGCCAGCACAUGAACUGGGAGAUGAGCACAUAACUGUGACCCAAAUUAUUUGGGAGAUAAGAGGCAAAAGUUCGUGGGCAUCUUCAGCUACACAGGAUUCUAAAGUGUAAGUCUUCUAUAGUCCUCACUGUGACCCUUAACCUCUAAUCCCUAACCUUAACCCUAACCCUAACCCUCACCAGCCCCUCCCACAGUAGUUAGGCACUGGGUACAGAAUCAGCCUGGAGUCACGACGGGGACCAAGGAAAAGCUUCAAGGGACCAUCUAAAAUGGUCUGACUCAACACGCUCCCAUAAGGAGAACAGAGCUUAGUUGGCACAAAGCAGUGAGUCUAGCAGUGUUCAGUCCUUCACUAGGAGGAAAGGUGCUGGUCUAAAAGAAGCCUCUAGAAUUCACACAAAGAAUGUAGCUGAACUGGGGUACAGUUCUCAUCCACAGGCCUCAGCCCGUAGACCUUUAGAGCCUUAAAAUUUGCAUCUGUAGAUUCUGGCAUCUCUAAACCUUCCCAACCCCCAGGAUGAGCCUUCAUGCUGAGUUACACAGUUUGAAUAAUUUAGGACCCAGCACCCUCAGGUGUCAGUUUCAGUUGCUCUGUUCCCAUGGGCACGGGUAUGCCAACCUGCAAUUAAGCUCUCCUGUGCUUCAAACCCUGAUAAGAGCUCCUGGCCCAAUUCUGAGAGCAGCAGGCUUGCUCAGAGCCCAGGUACUAUCUACACUAUCCCUGCUGGCUGGACCUGUUGUCCUACAUCGCUCCUGAAGACUUGCCCACCCUCUGGCUGUGGUAGGGCCAUGGGGACAAGGAGCCACUACCUGGACCUGGGGUUUCUGCUGCUGCUGUUUCUCCCUGCAGAGUGCCUGGGAGCUGAGGGGAGACUGGCUCACAAGCUGUUUCGUGACCUGUUUGCCAACUAUACAAGUGCUCUGAGACCAGUGGCAGAUACAGACCAGACUCUAAAUGUGACCCUGGAGGUGACAUUGUCUCAGAUCAUUGAUAUGGAUGAACGGAACCAGGUGCUGACCUUGUACCUGUGGAUCCGGCAAGAGUGGACAGAUGCCUACCUACACUGGGACCCCAAAGCCUAUGGUGACCUGGACGCAAUCCGAAUUCCCAGCCGUCUAGUGUGGCGACCAGACAUCGUACUUUACAACAAGGCGGACACGCAGCCACCUGCCUCAGCCAGCACCAACGUGGUUGUGCGGCACGACGGCGCUGUGCGCUGGGACGCACCGGCCAUCACACGCAGCUCGUGCCGUGUGGACGUGUCUGCCUUCCCUUUUGACGCGCAGCGCUGCGGCCUGACCUUCGGCUCAUGGACGCACGGUGGGCACCAGCUGGAUGUGCGACCUCGGGGCACUUCCGCCAGUCUGGCCGACUUCGUGGAGAACGUUGAAUGGCGGGUGCUGGGCAUGCCAGCACGCAGGCGGGUCCUCACCUAUGGCUGCUGCUCUGAGCCCUACCCAGAUGUGACCUUUACUCUGUUGCUGCGCCGCCGCGCUGCAGCCUACGUGUGCAACCUCCUGCUGCCCUGUGUGUUCAUCUCCCUGCUGGCACCUCUGGCCUUCCACCUGCCUGCUGACUCUGGGGAGAAGGUGUCUCUGGGCGUCACCGUGCUCCUGGCGCUCACCGUCUUCCAGCUGAUCCUGGCCGAGAGCAUGCCACCUGCAGAGAGUGUGCCACUCAUCGGAAAGUACUAUAUGGCCACUAUGACCAUGGUCACAUUCUCCACAGCACUUACCAUCCUCAUCAUGAAUCUGCACUACUGUGGCCCUAAUGCACAUCCAGUGCCCGCCUGGGCUCGGGUUCUCCUGCUGGGACACCUAGCCAAAGGCCUGUGUGUGCGGGAACGAGGGGAGCCCUGUGGGCAGUCCAAGCCACUAGAGUCAGCCCCCAGCCUCCAGCCUCCACCAGCUUCCCCAGCGGGCCCUUGUCAUGAGCCACGGUGUCUAUGCCACCAGGAAGCCCUUCUACAUCAUAUAGCUUCCAUUGCUAGUACCUUCCGCAGCCACCGGGCUGCCCAGCGCCGCCACGAAGAUUGGAAGCGUCUGGCUAGAGUAAUGGACCGCUUUUUCCUAGGCAUCUUCUUCUGCAUGGCUCUGGUCAUGAGCCUCAUUGUACUGGUGCAAGCCCUGUAAGGGCCAGGAACUGGAUUUCAGGGAGCUACGGUCACAUCAACACCACCAGGCAGGAAUGGCAAAGCCCAGGUGGUUGUUGGUACUCAGAUGCACUAGCCAGUCUCUCCCCAAAGUGCUGCUAACAGUCAGAGACACCUCUUCAGGACCAGUGCUUCUGACCUCACAACUUACAAACAGCCUUUGCGAUCUACAUGCCCUCAUGGAGGGGGAUCUAAAGCCCACCUCUAAUUCCAACAUGAUUAAGGUCAAAGUACAAACUUGGAGGAUAAGACUCAAUGCCAGAUGAGCACGGUAAUUCCAGCACAUGGAGGCUGAGACAGGAGGAUUACCUUAAGUUCUGUAGCCUGAGGCAUAAAAAAUUUUUUUGAAUAGUCACCCCAUUGUCUACACUUGGAAUCAUAGCUAUUGGCUGGGGGAAUCCAGAUUAUUUCUGUCUAUUGAGACAGAGUCUCACUAUGUAGUCCUUGCUAUCCUGGAACUCGCAAUGAAGCCCAGGCUGGCUUUGAACUCACAUAGAUCCACAUGCCUCUGCCUUUCCAAACACAGGUGCCACUAUGCCUGGCUAGAGUGUAGGUUACUAAUUAAAGGGACAAAGCCACACUUUGCUUGUCACCCUUAGCAGUUGCUGUUACAGAUUCUCACCUGGCUUGUUUCUGCUUAGGCUCUCCCGGAAGGGAGUUCACGGUCUAGUUUCCAGAACAGAAGGCUGUGCAGACAUUUGACCCAGAACUUCAAUCCAUAAUAAAUGAGAGUAUUCCCGGCACCUCCCUCAGGCCUUGUCUUCUUGGGGCUCACAAACAGAAGUUGGGGAUUCAGUUUGUCUUUAUAGGAAAGACUCUCAGGACUCAUAGAUCAAUGCAAAAAUUACAUCUCUUUUAAAAAAAAUCACAUUUAUUAUCCUGGUAGUGGUAGCUCAUACCUUUAUGAGAGGCAUUAAAGUGACCCCAGCUUGGCCCAUCGCCAUGUGUGCUCCCCCACCGCCCACAAUGAGUUGAAGUCUCCUGGCUCCAAGCUGAGUCUCUGCCUGUCCUCCAGUCCUCUGCCUGUCCUCAGUCUCCUUCCUACAGCCCUGGGUGAGGGUCAGUUUCCAAA